AGUCCUGCUUCCGGUGCCUUUGCCAGAACCCAGACUGUCAGCCUCCAACAGUUAAACUCAGUUCCCGUUUCUGCUGUUCGCCAAAGCACGAUGCUCAAGGACAGCAACCCAGGCGAUGAGUUUGAUGGCCAGGAUCCACAGUCAUUGCUGAAAAAUCUUCAGUCUCUCUUAGCCAAGAAAGAAACAGAGAAGCUCAAGGAGGAAAUCUAUUUGGCCUUUGCAGCCCUCGACGAUCCACUGGAGUGGCUUUUGGAUGUGCUGGAGGCCAGCAGUGAUUUGAAAGGGAAAGGGUGUUCCCUGGCAUAUCACAUUGCCCAUGAACUACAGUUCAGGAUAAAGGAACAUCCUAAUGGCCAGUUGAUUUCUCAGGCUGGCUUGAGGUUCAAGAAGCUCCAGCCUCGGGUGUUGCCUGUGCUCACUCAGUGCCACAUCAGCCUGCUAGACCUGCUGAUCAGCAUCUAUCAGCUGCAUGAUGCAGAUCGCGAUCUUCUUCUGGACCACAUCAGCCACCUUUGCCAUAACAAGAAGUUCAAAGAGGCUGCCAUUUUGAGCACCAAAUUGAAACUGCAGCCAGACCUGGAGGUUGAGAAGAUGUGUAUUCCAUUGCUGCUUCAAGAUAAAAUGAACCUCGUUGAAUCAUAUGUGGAAGGACACCCCAAUUUGCAGCAGCAGCUCCUGUGCUUGCUUGACUCGUGGUGUGAACCAGGGUUCAGGACUGAAACUGUCACAAAGCAGUAUCAAGGCGUGCCCAAUAUAAGGGCAGAGAAAAUCAAUCAUAAGAUGUUGAGCAAACUGGUCUUCAGGUUUCUGGACAAGUAUAGCCUCGAUCCAGCCCUGUGUCCCAACGCCAUCAACCAGCGUUCCAUGGGAACUCUGAGAUACCUUGUCCACAAGACAUUUGUUGAGAAAACCAUGACUGAGGAAAGCUGGGCUGAUCAUGUCCAGUGCACCAUUGGGAACAAUCCAUUGCUACAGGAAAAAUUAGUUCAGUUGCUGGUCGGUUAUAAUCACCUCAAUGCUGCGGCCACUUGGGCUCUUCAUUACAACCUCCCCGAAGAGCGCCUGCCUUGGAGUGUGGCAGAGGAGCUGAAGGCACUCCAAAGUCAAGAGAGAGAUACCACGAAGCAAAAAGGCGCCAACUGUGAGGAGUGGCGGAAGGAUCAUUAUUACCAGCUCCCCAUCCCCAGGGAGAAUGUCCUUUUCCUGUCGACCUGGGAAGAAGUGCAGAAGUGCACGGACUAUGUGCUUCAGCCUGGACAGGUUGUUGGGAUUGAUAUGGAAUGGCGACCGUCAUUUGGCAUUGUGGGAGGAAAAUCACGAGUCUCCUUGGUCCAGAUGGCAGUUCGUGGCCAAGUGUUCCUCUUAGACAUGUUGCAGCUCCUCAACCAGGAUGGGAAAGAUGAGGAGGCUCUAUUGUCCUUCUUCCAGACGCUUUUUGCUGAUCCGACCAUCACUAAACUAGGCUAUGGGAUAGCUGGAGACCUUCACAACCUUGGACAUAGCUGCACUGCUUUUAAAAAUUUGGACAUGCAACUCUGUGGAACUGUGGACCUCUUGACAGUACAUAAACAACUACCCAAAUAUUCUGGGGAGAUGGAGAAGGGCUGCCAGAAGGUGAAUGCUUUACCUCUGAAAAAUGAGGCAGCCCAGUGUGGCAGGCCGCUGGAGAAGGGACUCAGCUUGCUGGUGCAGCAUGUCCUCGGGAAACCUCUUGACAAAACAGAGCAGCUGUCCAAUUGGGAGAAGAGGCCACUCCACGAGAGGCAGAUCCUUUAUGCAGCUUUGGAUGCUUAUUGUUUGUUGGAGGUUUUUACAAAAUUACAGAAUGAUUUGGCUGACUUUGGCCUGAGUCCUGACAUCCUGACACUCCAGCCAAAGAAGGCGUGCACUGAAGUCAGGGCAAAGAAGCUGCCGAGCAAGCAAAGGAUGCCGCCAACUUGCAAUGAGAUGUCUACAGCAAGCGUGAAAGAGAACCCAAGAUCUUCAGCGUCCAUCUCGGUUUGGGACUUCCGCGUGGUCUGUGAUAACAUGUUGCAAGGCCUAGGGCGGUAUCUACGCUGCCUCGGAGUAGACGUCCGGAUGCUUAAGAAUGAUGAUGAACACAGGAAGGCAGCUGAGCUUGCCAGGAAAGAACACCGAGUCAUUCUAACCUCUGGGCUUCCAUAUCAGACGCUGCGUUCUCAGGUGGGAGAAGGAAGGUGCUUCUUGGUUGACUGUUCGGAGAAGGCCAGGGAACAAGCUCUCCGGGUUCUGAAACACUUCAAUGUCCAGGUGACUUUGGCUGAUGUCUUCAGUCGAUGCCAGGCUUGCAACUGCGAUCAGUACCUGAAGAUCUCCAAGGAGAAAAUGAUGCAGCUGGUGAAGCAGAGAGGCCUUUUGACAAAUACAGAAGAAGAAGAAGAAGAAGAAGAAGCUGCAGGGGAAUCUUUGGAAAAUCGCAAUGCAAAUCUUGAGGCCGAAACUCUCACACUCAACUCUCAGCAGCCAGCUUAUAGUCCAAACUGCCGGUGGUUGGAGGAGUCUGGCCUGGACACCGAGUCAGCGCUGCUGCCCAAUGGAACAUCCCUGAAGAUCGAGGCUAUCCCCAUUGGGGUGCUAACCAAGGAGAACUUGGCUUACUUCUACUGCUGCAGCCAAUGUGGCAAGGUUUUCUGGGAAGGAUCCCACUUUAGACGCGUGGUCUCCCAAUUCAAAGAAGUCCUGGACCUCUCAGAAGACAGCCAGAGUUUCUGUGAUCAGAAAUGAGCUGGUGUAAGCAGUGUGGUGGAAAGGGAAAGACCUGCAGAAUUUUGCCAUGAACAGUUACCACAAGUGGUAUUUUAUUUUUGAACAGUGCUAAUUUGAGGGCACACAGAUUAUUGUGGCGUUCACUCCGCUGAGACGUUCACGUUGUCAAAAACGGUAAACUGUGUUUGAUUUGUAAAAAAUGCAUUCAAUGAAGUGUGUCUUGUUCGUU